AUGGCUCGGAAUCUCCGUUCAUCAUCGCACGCAAGGUCAAAUGAUUCCCGGCCCUCGACACCUGUACCACACACAGCGAACAUGGCUUCUCCUUUUACAGAAUCCACUAGACCCCGCAAGCAACGGCGAACUGGGCGAUCCUCCCGGGUUGGAACCGAUUCACUGCGAGAUACACCAGUUUCGAGCCAGUCGCAAUCAGUUCAACCCCAAGAGUCCGCAACAAAUGGAGUUAGCGGUACUGAGUUGAAUGGACACUUUGCGGAUUGGAUCGAGCCAGAGCCAAGGGCUCCUGUUCCUAGCUAUCUUGACACGCCCUGGUCGAAUGUGUCCAAUGCCCAUAACCCUGUCCUAGGAACUAUGCGCCCGCUAGGCGCAUUGCCCACUACCGCAGAUAGGCGUAAAGCAGGACUCGCGCCAUCGCAUCCGGGCACCCCAAGCAUUCCAGCCGUAAAGGAGAAGCAACCUGUAUCCGAAGGCGAGAAAAAGGAUGACAGUCCCCCAACUCUUUUAACCCCGGCUGAAGAACAGGCCCCUGAGCUUAUUCUACCAAGGCCUACCAUUGAAGAGGACCUCGCGGCUUUUACAAUACUGCCCGUUCCUAAUUCAAUUGAUGCCGAUGUCGACACGCUCAAAGCUGCGGUUGAGAGCGCCCUACAUCUGGCUUCAGACGCCAACAACCGUCUGGUCAUCAAAGGGCUGCUCCGGAUGUGGGAGAAAUGUGGCAAUGACCCCUAUGUUCUUAGGAUUCUGGAUGGGGUUUGUCAAGAGACACCGGGCUCUCCCCAGAGAUCUAUGUUUCAGAAGGCCAUGCGGACAGUCCUGGGGGAGUUAGAAGCUCAAGAAAUGGCAAGGACUGAGCCCGGCGCGCCACCGGUAUUAGGGAGAGCCCGCUCAGCGAGUAGUGUGUCUACUCUCUCCUCAGCGAAAUCACUCGAUGCCGAGACAUAUGCACCCGUUCCGGUGGUUGCCGCGACUUCGGCUCCUCGGCCAAAAAAAGGAAAACAGUCAAAGAACUCGACACAAAAGAAAACCGCUCCAGCCGUUGACUUUCAACGGCAAAGAGCGGUCGAGAAUCCCGAAUUUUCAGAAGAGGCUAUACAAGCCAAGAAAUCUCGGCUACGGAAAUCUCUCCCAAAAAUUGCGACGUCCGAAAGUGGAAUCCGUUCAUCUCUAACUUCGAAUCCUCCAUCGAACUUUUCUUCGCCUGGCCCUAUAGCGGCAAAUCUAGAUAUCUCUGUUUCAAGGAAUACGGGGGCACAUAGAGAACGGUCGGAAAGCGUGGCAAGCAGUGAUGCUGGAGACAAUAGACGUCUAACGCCCUCACUCACUGACGAACCUGCUGAAAACAACGACUUCUGUCGACAAUGCGAGAAGAGCGGACGGCUUCUAUGCUGUGAUGGUUGCGUGUAUUCGUACCACUUCUCCUGCCUGAAUCCGCCUUUGGACCCUGCAAACCCUCCAGAAGGAGACUGGUUCUGCCCAAAAUGCUCGGUCUCGAAAUCUCUAAACACGCUGCUUGGUGGCAUGGAGAAGACCCCCGGGCGAGACUUCGCAUUGCCUAAUAAAAUUCGAGACUUCUUCGCCGGCGUCCGCACUGGUGACGACGGAAAAUAUGAGGAAGUUGCUUCGUUACCGCGUAUCAACCCUCGAGCAGCUCGUGGGAGUCGUACUGGCCGCUACGACGACCCCUUCCUGUUGCGAAUCACUGACGCAAAGGGUAAACUAAUUGUCUGCGUAAAGUGCGGACAAACCACCAACGGCCGAAGGCCCAUCAUUCAAUGCGACUUUUGUCCUUGUGCUUUCCAUAUGGACUGCCUUGACCCGCCGCUAGCUGUCCCACCGACCCAGCGAGUUGGAAGUGAUCGUCUCUAUCACACCUGGAUGUGCCCGAACCAUGCCUUGCAUGACAUGUGUUACCCUGUCAGGGAUGAAGAAGGGUAUGAAACAAUGAAGCGUAUUCGUCGUCCAAAGAACCCGCGUUUUAUCGACGUCGAGGUUCUCCCGGAGAACGAGGAAGAGGAGAACCUUGAGGACGAAGAAAAGGAGGGCAUUACGUAUCGUGUCUCAGAAAAGGGAAUCAAACUCGACUUCAUUGAAAGAGUCAAAAGGGAAAACGAAACCGCUGCCGCAAAGAAAGCAGCCGAAAAGAUGUAUUUCGAAUAUGCCAAAUCGAAAGUGGAUGCCAUCACUUCGGAAGCGAAAGCAUUCUUCGAAUCUCAGAAACCAGCCGAUGACACCACGGCUGCUAUAUUGAAUUCGCGGACAGACGUUGAGCGGGAAGCCGCUGCGAAUCUAAUUUUGUUCGCCCAGAGUAAUCAGGUCAUAUGGCAGAACGAACAAAACGGACAGAUUAAUCUCUUGAUUGACCAGCUUAAAGCAAACGCGCCCAAAAACCUACCAGCGCCAGAAGAUGAAAUAUCGUCCCUGCGUGCUCUUCAAAAACUUAUCGAGCAACGAAUCAGUGCUUUGCAACCGAAACAAAAAACUAAGAAUGCUUACUCUUCUGAAGUUCAACCCACAUCAUGA